CAGAAAGUAUUCAGAGCUUUAAUUACACAUUAACGUGUAAGAAAAGUUCGACAGCGUCUAAAAGAAGUUGGGGCUUUUGCAUCCAGUGGAUGUCAACAAAAGUAUAAAUCUCAGGCCUCCACUGCUGCCGAUAGGAGGAUCACCAGAGGGAAGAAAAAAUGAGUUUCUGGUGGAAUAAACCUGCAGUUAAGUACCGCGGCUUGGUCAACCAUGGAGCAACAUGCUACCUGAACAGUGUGCUGCAGGUUCUGUUCAUGACCGAAGAAUUCAGAGGAGCUGUGACCAGUCCCAGUGUGGCCGACAUUGAUCAUCUUCUAAAAGAAUUAUUUGAAGAAUUACAGAAAGGGACCUUAUCAGCAGAUCCAUAUAAUAUAUUGAGAGCACUAGAAGUCAGCAAUGUGUGUGAACAGCAAGAUGCAGCAGAAUACUUUGAGAGGAUCUUAAGGAAGACCAGUGGAAAUGCAGCAACGAUCUUUCAUGGACGGCUGAGUCACAGGACCAAGUGUUUAAAUUGUAAGGUACAGACUGACAGUGAAGGUCCGUUCUGGCAUCUUCCUCUUGAACUGGAAGAUUCACCUGGUGGAAACUACAGCGUGGAAAACGGCAUCAAUCAGUUUUUCACACAGACAAUAUUCAAUGGAGAUAACCAGAUAUACUGUGAUGAGUGUGACGCUAAAGUUGACGCUACCAGAGAAUAUGUAAUAACUCGUCAUCCAGAUGUUUUGCUUCUGAUGCUGAAGAGGUUUGACUUCAGCUAUCAGUGGAUGUCUUACAUCAAAAUCCACUGUAUUGCUGAUGUUCCUCACACCAUCAGGAUACCAGAGAGUCAGAUAUAUGAGCUUUAUGCAGUCGUGGAGCAUUCUGGUGAUUUAAGAGGAGGACAUUACAGGGCAGUGAUCAAGUCCAAGGAUGAAGGAGACGAUUGGUUCGUCUUUGAUGACAGAUCAGUCAUGAAGCUUGGCAUAAAUCCUUUCCCUGACAAUGUGAACGUUGUACAGUCCAGAGAUGCCUAUCUUCUAUUUUACAGAAAGAAAGUUGCAGAUAUUCCCAUCAGUGACCCGUGCUCAGUCAGAGAUUACAACCCAAACAUCAUUCAGGACCAAAGUCCAAAGGAGGAGAAUCUGCAGCCGGGUGAUGAAACAGAAACACUUAAAGAGAAUAUUUCUAAUAAGAAGAGAAAAAUUGAUGACAUAUCCACUGAAGCAACAUCUGAGAUCAUGAAUCCUGAAAAGAGAGCAAUAUAUGAGUCAGAAGAGAUUGAUCCAGAUAAAGACAGAUUACCUGAAGAACAAACAGGCAGAGAGAAAGAGACUGAAGGGUUGAGGCACAAUGAGACACAAUAUCCUCAAGACAUAACAAUGGAGGAUGAAGAGGAGCAGGAGGAAACUGCUGAAGAUCAAAUUCAGGGUCUAGUUGGAGAACCAGAACCAAUGAAUGUUGGAAAUAUGCAGACAGACAUGAAUUAUGAUGUAGAAAGUUCUGGACCUGCAGCAUUAGAGAGACAGGAAAACCUCUGGGAACAGCAGGGAUCAGCAGAGGACAGAACAGAUGAAGUGAAGAGGAAACAAGAGACAGAAAACAGCAACAAACUGAUCAGAACAUCAGAGGAAGCAGGUGCUGAUGAAAACAACAAACUGUUGCCAACAGGAAAUAUGAGCUAUAAUCAUAAUGAAGCAGAAAGAGCUGCAGAAAAUGAACAAAUUGGCGAGGAGGCCAGUCGUUCAACAGAAAACCUUUCUCCACAGGAUCCUGACAGUAAAGUAUUCAGUAAAAUAUCACAAUGUUUACUGAAUCCAGAUGAGCCAAAUAUUGAUGAUAAUCACCAAAGGAGAAAUGAACUGACAGACGAUGCUUCUAAAACACAAACACAAGAACCAGAGGAUGUUGAAGAAACUCGUGUUCAUAAAGAAAGGCCAGAGGUAGAUGAAGGUGGAGAAAGCAAACAAAAGGAUGAACAGAGUCAGAUAAGAAAUAGAAAUAGAUCAGAUCAAGGAAAGGAAGAGAAUAAAGAUAACACUGACAGGACAGGAGAGGAUCAAGUGGCAGCGUAUUCUGACAGACCUCAGCCUUACCAUGAUGAAAGUGAGGAAGUCAUAAAGAAGAAACACACUAAACAAAAAGUCCAUACUAGUCAUGAUACACAAAACGAACUUGAUUUGAAGAAAAACAGAAAAAAUAAAAAUUAUAAGUUGGCAGCAACACUGACAGGAAACCAGGAGGCUGAUAGAGACGAAGAAACAAGACAAGAAAACUUUCAGAGUUACAGAAAUAAAGGGUCAAAGGUCACUGAAGCCAGGAUACAAGGUUCAAACCAGGCUGCAUUUGAGCGCAAAACCAUAGAAGUAGAUGUCAGGGAGUUUUCUCCUGGUGGUAAAGGUAAAACAAAAUUAAUGAUAAAAACAAUUACUGAGGAAAUCAAAGUUGUUAACAGCAGCAGUAACAGAAAAACAACAAGCCAUGAAGGAAAUGUUGACUGUGACUUGGAGGAUGGUGUAUUGCUUUCUGCAAAAGGAGAGACGACAGUCCUCUCUGAACCUCUUUUACGUGAACAACAAAAUCCCACAUCGAAGGAAAUCACCAGAGGAGCAAAACAAGACGAAUUCAGGCUGAAGAUUUCCCCUCAGACUGAUCUGGAAGCACAACAACAAAGGCAUGAAAUGAAGAGGAAACGUUCAUGUAGGUGCAGCUGUGUGAUUCUGUGAGCACAAAGGAAAGAAGCAACAAAAACAAGUGAUACUUCUUUGUUUUUUUAUUUCUAGGAAAUGAAAAAUGCAGAUCAGGAAUCAAAUGAAAAGACAUCAAAGGUGUUUUAGUAGCAGUCAUUGUUUGCUGCUCCUUAAGUUUUCCUGAAGGCCUUUAUAAGUCUGGAUACAAGGAAUUACAAAGAGAUACGGUGAAAGCUUGUUGUUGUUUUUACCAAAUAGCAAUUUUUUUACAUAGCUUGAAAAUAAUAUCAGCUAAAUUUAAUAUUUUUCAUAAAUUCUUGUUUUGUUUGUUUUAUCUGUCAAUGUUUUGACCUUUUUCAUUUUAACUUUUAUUUCUAGCGUUGUGUUCUGCAAUAAAUUGUGUAAAACAUAAACAGAACAGAUUAGUUUCUUUUCUUAUUAAAUGUCCAUGUUGUUUUCUACAAAACAGCUUCAUUAAAUCAGUAGAAAACACAACCGGUACAGACUAUUGUUUUGAUUAGCCCUGACAUUUGAACAGUUGUAGAUAAAUAUUUAACAUGUGAUGCAACACCUGCAAUAAUUAUUUAAAAUUUGAUACAGAAUAUUUUAUCUUAAUUUUAAUUUUUUUCCAGUGUUGGACAAAGUACUCAGCUAUAGUACUUGAGUAAAAGUAUUGAUACUUAUGGUUAAAUAUUAUGCAACUACAAGUAAAAGUUGCUCACUCAAAAGUUUACUCAAGUUAAAGUACUGAAUAACUUACUUUUGAAAAUACUUGAGUAGUGAAAUUUACACAUAUUUUUAAAAAAAUACUCAAGUAUACAAAGGUACAAAUUAUAUUUUUAAUAUCUCUACGUUGCUGCAUUGUUUUUGCUGAAACCUCCUGAUGAUGUUGAACCACUCUGCUACAAAAAGUCUGCAAAAAACGUUAGCUAUUUUAUUUAUUUAUUUUUUUAAAUUAAUAUAUACUAGUCCCCAUAUAAAACCAGCAGCAGUGAACUACAAAGUUCAGUCAAGAGGAAUGACAACCUUCCUAGAAAUGUUGUGGUGUCAAAAGACCAAAAAGGUUUUAUAAAAUAAAAGCUGAGUUCUACUUAAUUUCCAUUUAAUUUAGACCAAAAUGUCACUUUUAGUGCCUUUUCAUAUCGAGAAAAUUUGUCAAACUGUUUACAGAGUGAAACACCGUCUGUGUAUCAACGAUUUAACACGAUUUCAACAAGCUGGUCUACCAUUAUUUAUUCGUUUUAAAAUGAUUUUUAAAAUGCUAAUUUUCCGAAGGCACGUGAAUGUAACAUGAUCACAGCGUAACACCGAACUAGAAGCGAAAGAGAAAGUGUUCAGAAAAACAAAGUACUCCGAAGAUUGAGCGACUAAAAGAAGUUGGGGGUUUUUGCUUCCGGUGGAGGUCAAAGUGUGAAUAUUAAGAUGUCAGAUGUUCUAGUCUGGUGUCAGCUCUUCCUGGUUCAAGUGAAUAAACACAACAGCCGCAGCGUCACAUUCUUGGAAACGUUUUGUUUCUUUUUCUUUUUGGGGAUUUGAAGAAAUCACAAAACUGCUGUGUGAUUUCCUCUCAUUGCAUACAGUGUUUUAUCAACCAAUGUUUAGAGAGCAUACAGAUUGUUUUUCUUUUGUAUCAAGAAGACGUGUGUGUGCUAAAUGUUAUGUAAACUGCAAUAAUGUAGGAGCUUGUUUGGUUCUUCAAAAGUCAUGAAUUAUCUCUCUAAAUGUGUUUUGUACUUUUCUGAGGUGUUUGGAUUGUUUCAGAUUUUUAAAAUCUAAUAUUAAGGUCUGUUUUGGUUCUGAUUUCAUUUACAAGCUUUAACAAUAAUGAAAAUGAAACUAUUUUUUAUGUAGGUCACAGUUGGACAGCAUGUGAGAGUGACCAAGAAAAAUAACAUGUUUUUCAAGAACUGUCAAGGUUUUUCCAGUAAAUCCUCCUGCUGCAGCUAUAAGUUCAUAAUGUUAUGAAUGAUUCAUAAAUCACUAAAUGUCAUUGAUUCUUCAGCUAGUUUUGGUGAUUGACCAUAUAAACUCAUCUGAGCUUAAUUGGACUUACAGACAAUCUGUUCAUGCCAGCAAACAAGACAAACUGCAAACUUAAAAGCAUCAAUUUCUUUUGUGGAUUUUAAUGUGGUCUGGAAACAUCAACUUGUAACAAUUACAAAAUAAAACUCCAAUUAUCAGAUUAUUUGUAAAUCUGCCAAAAAUAACUACUUUAUAUUAGUAGAGAUCAAACUAUGAAAGCUUAAACCUCCAACUUAAAAUUAUUAAAGAGAUGUAUUUUCUUUAUCUUUGUUUAAACCUAGAAACAAAUCAAUAAAGUACUGAUAAUCAGAUAUAUUUUUAUUAUGUCUGUGAUUACAAUUUUAAUGUGUGAGCUGUGGGAUAUUUUAGUUUUUCUUUCUCAUCCAUGUCAGAUUAAAUCCUUCAGUCACAGAUAAACUUCUGAACAAGAUGCACCUGACGUCAUUUAAGCUCACAGCAAACGUCUGUGUCAUAAAAUAUUUAUGUAACUUUGUAUUAAGCUGAAUAAUUUGAGAUUUAUUGAUUGAAAUUGUGCAAAUGUUAUUUGUUUACUUGUCAUAUAAUAAGAUUUAAUCAAGUUAACAAUUUGUUAACCUCAACUAUUAGAAUCAUAAGCAAUAAAAGCGUUCAGUGAAGGAUUCUCUUUAUCAGAAGCUAAAUGAAAAACUAUUGUGAUUAACACAAUAGUCAGUUAUUGUGUUAAUUUAAUGUUUCUUCUUAAUUAUAUUUUAAUUCAGUUGUGGUUUGGUGUGUCAUUCUUUUUUUAUUUUUUGCUGUUAAUAUAAAUAAAAUGUACUUACUGAAAUAACAGGAUUUGUUGAUUAUGACUUAAAUUUCUGCAAGAAAAACCUUAACUCCUGCUGUGUCCCAGUUUGUGAACAACAAGAUGCUGAUGAGGACAGUUUUUCUUUUUUUUACUUGCCGGACAGCGGACAACACCAUCCAUAUUAAAAACCAACAUGGAGGAAACCAUGGUUUUGUGGAAGCAAUCCACCUCUUUUACUUUAUUUACUUUCAGUGGACUGCAGACUCUCGUUCAGACUGUCAUACGGUGACAGACAGUGAAGGCUCAUUCUGGUGGUGGACUCCUACAGUGGAAGCUAGUGAAGGAGAUGAUUUAGACUUAAAGGUUCAGAUAGUUUAGCGUGGGCCUCUGUUAAUUUGAUUAAGUAUAUCUUAAGUACAGUAGGUAACUCUUUCAGCAUCCUUCAGUUUUGUCAGAUACAGUGUGGGUUUAGUGAAAGGUUUUCUUUAUCAGAAACUAAGACUGAGGAAGGGCUUGAAACAUGUUGUGAUGUGUAAAAUGGUUCCCUACCAGGAGCUGGUAGCUUUUCAGAAAACUCAAGAUUUAUUAUUCUCAGUAGUUAAUGUCCUCCAUUGGUCUGCCAUGCGGGUUUAUGUUGCUAAUGCUAAAGUAUGCAGCCUUGAUCUUAUUGAGAUACGAGGGUCGGCCCCAAGUAUUGAGCGUAAUUUGCAACUUUUUAAUAAGGAGGAACCAAAAAUGUUGCAAAGUAUGCUAAUGCCUUGAGGGGCAUAGAGGCUUCAAGUGACAUUAAAAUCAAAACUUUUUUUGUUAUUAAUUCAUAGAAAUCAAUACAUAAAUUGCAUAAAGCCAGUUCUUGUAAUGUAUGCACUUGACUGGAAUCUGUCUGUAUGACUCAACUGAUUUUGAUUCGAUUUGACUUUUUACUUGUGUUGUGAAUUGAUUCAAACUGAAUAAAACAGUGAAAUAAAAUAUUGUAGCUUCACAGGACUGAAUAAAAAACAUAAAGGGUGGCCUUCAGUAAUUAGAUGAAACAUUGUCCCUUUACAAUUUUUGAUAUUUCAUGUUGUAAGAUGUAUCUGCAGAACUUUAUAUUUUCCACUAACAUAUCUUGCCCAUGGCGGCAAACACCAAUCCUGCAUAUCACACCCCCUUCAGGGGAAUCACCAUAAAUUUCCAAUGUUUUAUCUCUUAAGUUUCUCCUGGCAACCGAAGGAAGCUUCAUGAUUAAAUAAUUAUGCCUGCUGGUUUCUGUUGCUCUCACUCUAGAUGCAUCAGAUGUGAUCCGACAAGCAAAGCGAAACCAUUUUGGUUACACAACAGCAAAGCCGGUGAGUUAGGUAGUUUCCAGUAAUCGUUUGGUUGGCGCCAAAUGAAGAGAUUACAAUAAGGAAAUACAUUUUAGAGGAAGUAAAGCAGGCUGUUUGUGCCAAAUGUAGCAUUUUCUUACCUGUAAGGAAGUAUUGUCUUCCAGAUAGUUUUUACCUUUGAGCUUAAGAACUUUUUCCAACUUGGGGAAAUUUUCUUCUUUGUGAAUUUCCAGCUUAUAACAUUCAAGGUGUUUAGGUAAUAUUUUAAUAAUAAUAAUAAUAAUAAUAAUGGAAAGUUUUACAUGCACUUUGAUGAAAAAGAUUCUUUCUUUUUAGUAUUUGCAAUAUAAGUUUGAUCUCACCUCUGCAUGAAAGGUGAAACUUCUUCAGGAAAUAAGAGAAGUCCAGGAUCUUUCAACAUAAGCACCUUAGAUUGAGGUUUAAUAUCUUUACUUUUUUUCAUCUGUUCAUUUUAAUGCAGAAUUGAAAUGCAUAAUAAAAUGAUUCACUAUUACUUGCUUAAUCCAGGUUGUGUGCUAUUCUUUUCUAACAUAUUUAUUGGUUGAGUUACUUUAUAGCCACUCUAACCCACAUCCUGGAGUUGGAAACUUGAUUCAAAAUGCCAAGUCAAACACACAGCCCUUGUUGUUUGAAGUCAAGUAAAGGCUGGGAUGGCCCAUGUUUGUUAUAGAACCGGGUCAGUAAAAUUAUUUUUUCUACAUAUAUCUCAACAUUCUUUUUUUUCCUGACGGCUUGAAGUAAUGUCUUAAGAUGUUCACCAUUUUCAUCUGCUCACUUUUUUUUACAUGUUCAGAAACAUUAUUUACAUCCUUUCUUACUUUUUAUCUGUUUAGGAUCAGGGUCACAGAAGAAGGAGACAACUUACAACAAUCAAUCCCUUUUUAUUUCUGUUAAUUUGAAAUAGAUAUUUGUUUGUUUUGCGCUAUUCAGUUUUACAAUCAUCUGUUCUUCUUUCCUCACUUUCUGUCUUAUUUCUGUGUAGUUGCGCCGGAGUUUAUCUAAAUGCUCUGAUAAGAUGAACAGAAUAUUAACAGAUAAACAUCUGGAGAAAAUCCGUUUUGAAAAUAUUUCUCGACUAGUUAAAGAAAAUCCUCUUUACAAGACGCAUAAAAGCCACAAGAUUCAAAUAAGGUCAUAUGUUUUCAAACAAAUGCAAUAAAGUUCUGGAAAUCCCGCAGACUUUGGUUUCACUUUGCUUUUUGAAAGGCUGCCGUUGCGACGAAUGAAGAUAAGACAACCCACUUGUUAUUUAAACAGCUGAGCAUUCAGGUAAGUCACAGCAAACGAAGCAUCGAGCAGCAGCUGAGACAAAGCCAACAUGUGCAGAACAGACCAGAUCGUCAUUUGCUCCAACAAUGGAGAGGUCAGCUAUCUGAACACUAAAGGUCCUCUGGGGAAGAUGACCGUCCUCGAGCUGAAGAAAUACGCAGUGAAGACUUUCCCUAAAUCAGCGUCCUCUCUGGGGGAAAUCCGGCUGAUCGUGGAGGACAAACCUCUGGACAACGACUCAGCUUCUCUGUCUGACUAUAACAUCAAGUCCAACAGCAAAGUCCAGAUGGUGAAGAAGGUGAACGGAGGCUGAGAGACAGAGGACAGAGACACCUGCAGACAGGAGUGGACAGCAAUGAAGGACAAGGAAGAGGACAGCAGGAAAAUCCAGGACUAUUUAUAGCACAUCAAAGAUCCAAUCAUUAUCGUCUUCUGCACUUUAUGACUCAUGUUUUUUAUUUCUCUUUGGAAUUAUCAUUUCCCAGAAGCAUCAAAUCAAUUUUCCUUUGCAAUCAAUACAAUAACUAAACUUUGGUAAUGACACGUUCCGUAUAAAAUCAGCUCUUUGUAAAGUUGUUUGUAUGUUUCUUAUUGUAAUAUUAAUCUGUAGCUAUUGUAUAAAGUUUUAUUGUAAAUAACACACGAAAAAAAUCACAUCAUUGUUUAAUAUCAGUCUGAAGACCUAAACAAACUAUAAACAUGUGAUGCAUCCUGAUCUGGUCCCACACAAGGUUGAAAACUCAUGUUUACUUGUAACAUUUAUGCCAUAAGUAAAUAUGUUACUAAGCUCUAGAUAAGCAAUAACUAAAGCUUAGUAACAGAAGAAGUGAUGAAUAAGGAAAUAUCUAAUAAAAUGUUUCUAUAUUUUC